CCAAUAUACCAGCUCGUUGUCUUGGAUUGGAUGAGAUGUGACUCUUAUAAAUUGCGAUGUUGUGUUGUCGGGUAUAUUUGUGGUGCACACUAGAAGUGGCAGUCAAUAGGCCGAGUUGCCCCUGUUGCUGUACUCCUAUCCCACCAUCUGGAGGCAAUUGGAAGUAUUGAUUCGGAAAUACACAGUGAGAAGUUCAAUUCUUCGAAAAUUCUCAAUUUUGCUCGUACGGCAGAUUAAAAGAGCUACCACGGCCCCUUUUAUUGUCAAUAUACAACGGACCCACCAGGUAGCAUCACCAAACAAGCAAUGGAAGGUUCACAUCCAAAUUUACCCACAAAUGCUACCUAGGCAGUACUUGUAAUUGAUCGAAAUAUGUCAAGCUCAUCGUUCCUGAAGUUUGUAGAAGUAGAAUCCCUUGUGAUGGGAUUCCCAAAAUGGUAUACAACCCAUGCCUUGCCCUCAACGAUCCCAGGCCCAGAAUCCAAGUUCCCAUGUGGAGUCUUGGUGACGGGCAGGACACACCCAGUAUUUUGUUACUGUAUCCAUCAGUUUCCAUGUGAGGCGAUAACCGAAAAAGGAGCAAACUGCACCACCAGACUCACCCAGACAACAUAACUACACCAUCCACUACCUAUCCUACACAUUAUAACAGAAAAAUGAAUAGGCAAGAAUACACUGGUUGAGGUAUACUCUGUAUCAUUUGCACAAGGUGGCCGUUAGUCAGGAACACGUUGGUUUGUUUGUUGAGCUCAAGCUCUACAUAGUGAAUCUUGGACUCCCGUCGCUCAGUGGUUGAUGGGUGCCGCUUUUAGCUCGGGCCAUCCUUCUGUUUUCCCUCAACGAUCCUCCUCCAUCUCAUCCACUUGAACAACAUCUUUGCUUGCGGCGACUUCUCUACCACAUCCACCACACCUUGAGCUCUCCCUUUGCACCCUUACACUCUACCAUCCCAAUCUCUACACAUCCCCUCUCGCGAGAAUGACUACCGAAGUAAGUAGCACUGCUCUCCUUUCCACUGCGCACUCUCACCUUCCCUCCUGAACCCUCAUCUGAUUCCCCUCCCCACCGCUGGCCUCGAUCUGCCGCAGUUCUAUCAAGCCAUCUUAUCUGUUCCAUCAUCUGAAAACCGCAUGCUAACAUCUCAUCUUUGCCACAGCGUGAAAGGUUUGAGCACCCCAAGGACCCGCCUCCUCCCAAGUCCUCUAUCAACCGUAUACUGACAAUACUACAGCAAGACCUUUCUUGCUAGGCUCUGUGAGCAAGCUGAGCGUUACGAUGAGAUGGUCACAUACAUGAAGGAGGUUGCCAAGGUACGCGGUCUACGAGAAAUUAUUGCCCCUGAUGGCAGCCGUUGCAGAAAAAAGGACCUCAUGGCUGAUGACGCGUGACUGUAGUUGGGCGGAGAACUCACCGUUGACGAGCGAAACCUUCUCUCGGUCGCAUACAAGAACGUCGUCGGCACUCGACGUGCGUCUUGGCGCAUCAUCUCGUCGAUUGAGCAGAAGGAGGAGUCUAAGGGUACUGACAAACAUGUUACCACCAUCCGAGACUACCGUCAAAAGAUCGAGACCGAGCUCGAGAAGGUCUGCCAGGAUGUCCUCGAUGUUUUGGACGAGUCCUUGAUCCCAAAGGCAGAGUCUGGAGAGUCCAAGGUUUUUUACCACAAGAUGUAUGCCUUAUCAGUCCAAUAAUCAUUCCACCCUUUGGGUGAAGUAUAUCUCCUGUGCUAACGGAUUUCUCACAACAGGAAGGGUGACUACCACCGUUAUUUGGCCGAGUUUGCCUCUGGUGAGAAGCGCAAGGUUGCUGCCACCGCUGCCCACGAGGCCUACAAGGUAUGACGAGAAAACACCAAAUCUGACAUAAACAAAGGAUCCGCACUAACAACCCCGCGAUUAGAACGCUACUGAUGUCGCCCAAACCGAGCUUACCCCAACUCACCCAAUCCGUCUUGGUCUCGCCCUCAACUUCUCCGUAUUCUACUACGAGAUUUUGAACUCCCCAGAUCGUGCAUGCCACCUUGCCAAGCAGGCAUUCGAUGACGCCAUUGCUGAGCUCGACUCUCUGUCUGAGGAAUCAUACCGCGACAGCACACUCAUUAUGCAGCUCCUCCGUGACAACCUCACCCUUUGGACCUCUUCAGAUAGCGCAGAGGCCGAGGCUGCACCAGCCGAUGCUUCUGCCGCACCCAAGGAGGCUGAGAAGGCACCCGAGGCUGAGAAGACCGAGACUGCUGCUGAGCCCAAGACCGAUGCCGCUCCAGCACCUGCUGCCCCCGCAUCCUAGAUUGCUCAUUCUAGAAUCUCCUCUCGAUAUUUCAUAUGCUUUCUGCCGGUAUUCCUGGCUUGCUGGCGGUGUGAUUGCAGCAUUGGGUAGGGGAUGGGAGUUGAUAUGAAAAGCAGAACGUGUGUGCUUUUGCGGAUUCAUGCAAUUUGCGGAUUAUACACCAUACUGCGAAACUUGAUGACCAUGUUUUCCUUUCUGGUUGCGUUUUUACUGCGGUAUUUCUUACAGUUGUUGGACGUGUUUGGCGGAUGGAACCAUGAACCAGGCUCUUGAAGCAGGCGUCUUUCGAUCAUCAGAAUGGCAAUUUUCACAAAGGACCGUGAUGGUUCAAUGGCUUCUUAGGGAGAUGAUUUUGCCAAAGGGUACUUGGGAAUCUCUCUAAAUGCGAUGGACUCAUAGUUUCUCUGGUGGGCUGCUUUCUGACCUAGAUAUCCCUCUGAUUUUCUUACAAAUCCUCGCGUUGUCGUAGCGAAUAGUACCUCGAGACCUGUACUACUCUUCUUAAGUAUGUAGUCUGGUUGGUA